AUGGGCGAAUACCUCAAGCUGGUGAAGGAGAUGUUACGCCUCUUCACAUACUCUGAUGCCCUGUCUGGCCGGAGAAAGAAUGGUGAAUGGUUGAGAAUGGUGCGGCAGGUGGAUUCUACGAAGGAGCGUACCUUUGUCUUGCAGGAACCACAUGUGACGACCCCGGGCUGGACUCGCAUCAUCCAUGGUGAAAGCCAAUUCGGCGAUCCACUCUGCAAAGUUGAUUUUAACGUUAGCGUUGUGAAUGUGUCCUCAGUGCUUUGUGCAGUGGGUAUAGAGACUCAAGAGACAGGAGGAUUUCCUAGUCUCGCCUUGUCUGUUUCCUCUGUUCUGAUCAUUAUUUUUGAAGUUGCCUGUUUCAUUGAACUGUUGGCAAUGUGCCUUCCUUGUCAACCCACAUAGAAGAUUUUCAUUCUUUGGAAGAAAAUGGCCAAAGUUGGGGGUUUUCAGAAGUUUCUAUAUUACACAAUCAUGUCUUUGAUGGGUUCUCCAGUGCUUAUAUGGCAUGCUGUAAUACCAGGUGCUUCAUUUUUUUGCAUAAAUUAUAUAUUUCAAAAACAUAACAUUAAUUUAGAAAUGUUAUCUGUUUCAUAUCCGCCUAUAGUUUCCAGGGCAUCAUAUAGUGACCCGGCUCUGUCUUCUGUCUGUGUCACAGAAAAGGAGGACGCUGAACACACAUUCUCUUUCUUCCACAUCAUUUCAGCCAAAAUAGCAUCUUUUUUUCCUAGCAAUAGCCAACUUCAUGGCCCCACAGACAGGGCUCAGUCAGUGAAGAAUGUCCAACACAAGACCAGACAAACAGACACAAGAAAUGUGCACUUUAUUGAGAGUCUCAGACAUAAUGAUACUGAAAUAGAAGAACACCAUGAAGUGGAACAAGAUGUUACCACAUCAGAUAAAGCACCAAUGAUUAGACUGUAA